AUGGUAGCUGAAGUUGUAGACUAUCGAGUUUCUCGACUUGUAGUCCUUUGUAAGGACUGUGGUCAUGAUGUUGGUCUCUACCCUGCUCGUCACAAAUGUAAAAUAUCGGAUGCAAAUGCUCCUCCACUCCCUUCCAUGCCCAAACAAUAUUCUUCUAACAAAUCCAACACCAAUAAACAGAGUAAUGAUAAUAAUACUUCUGAACAGUCUUCGGCCGCUAGUUUGUGGACCAAACUUAAGACUGUAAAUAACUGGAGAGAAAUGGCUGAAGACGAUUCUGUCAUACCGGUCGUCGGUACAAAACUAUGGGGUAAAUUGUUAAGUGCAGCAUCAUCAGCUUAUAGUGCUAUUGAUGAAAAUUCUGAUAAUGAUUCAGAAAAAGAAGAUUGGGAAGGUGAAACUCAUAUUUCUCGUAUAUUACGUGAAUAUCAUCAACAAAAGACUGGUGAUAUUCCAGAUUGUCGUAGUGCUAAUAAUUUAUCAAAUAGAAUUAACAAUCCCAAUGAUCAAAGAAACUUUGUCCCUCCACCUGUUCCAAAUAAUUAUGACCCGAGAAUGCAUAAUAAUAGACCUCCAAACAAUUAUGAUCCACGAUUUUAUAAUAAUAAUAGGCAUCCAAAUAAUAAUGGUUCAGGAAUGCAUAGUGAUAGGUUUAAUAAUGAAAGGUAUAAUAAUGUAUUUGGUGAUAGAAUUGUUGAAGGGCUUAAUGAUAAGCCUAACGGGUAUCAUCAACGAGGAAAUCAAUUACCUCCAAGAUUACAACCACCUUCAGAUAAUUUUAAUAGAGCAAGAAGUGUUAGUCCUAAUCCUUCAUUUCGUGAUCGAAAUGCUAAUAAACCAAAUCAACAAUCAAGAGGUUAUAGAACAGCUGGUUAUUUCUAA